AUGCUUCGUAUAAUUCUCGUUGUUCUACUUGCUUCGGCCGUACAAGGUUGGCUUCAUCAUCCAUGGUCAAACAGUAAUCAUGAUGGUGGUUCUUUCUGGUCCGGUAGUAGUCCAUCCUUUUCAUUUCCAUCGAUAUUCAACGCAAAUGCCCGUAAUAGCAUUACAUCUGUGACUUCUGGUGAUUAUUUUCCGAGUAUCUUUGCUCAAAUGGGAAAACAAUUUGAUGACAUGUUUCAACGGCUAACACACCAAUUUCAACAGAAUACAAAUGAUGGUUUCACUAACCAGGAUAGUCAAGAUUUGCAUCAAAUUGAACCGAAAUGUAAUUCAACCACAUCGGCAAAUGGCCGCUAUCAAACAACGACGUGUGUUAAAGAAGUUAUGAGAAAUAAUGAAAAGUUAUUACAUAAAGAAGUUAAUAUGACUGAUAUACAAAGUGGACAAAUUAUUGGACACAGUGUUAGUUAUAGUAAAUAUCAAACGUUUGUUAGUAAUACAAAUUCAACGACAGCUGAUACAGACAAAUAUUAG